AUGGUGGGCUUCAAAUUAUGUUUUGUUUGUUUUUUGAAUUUCAAGGUCUCCGAUUGGUGGGAAGAGUUUAUUUACUUGGUCGACAGGUCUUCCAUCGUAAUAAACAGCAAUUACUACACUCUGGGGUUGGCAGGGUACUCGAGGACCAUGUCUUGUCGUCAGGCAUCACGUGCCGCUGGGUUUGUCUCAAGUUUAUUGGCUUUUCGUCGAAGCAUCAACACCGAGAAUCUCAAGCCUGCUGCUUUUCAUUUGGUUCUUGAGGACUUCCCUGCAGAGUUGGAAGUGGACUCGGACAGUGAACAACUCAGUCACAUCUCCAAACGCCUAUUUCAUGGAAAAGGAUACGACCGGUGGUUUGAAAAGUCCUUUAACCUCGUCGUCUUCUCUGACGGACACAAUGAAAGUCUAAAAAGACUGGCAUAUGAAGCAAUAAACUCACAUCAACGAGUUACCAAAAUGGCUUGCACUGGAAUGGGGAUUGACCGUCAUUUAUUCGCUCUUUUCAUUGUUUCGAGAUUUUUGGUGGAAAAAUCGGAAUUUUUGGAAUGCGUUCUUCAAGAGACAUGGGGAAUGUCUACUAGUCAAGUAAAACACAUAUCUUUUGUCACAAUCAGACUCCAGUUUCUCAGACUUCUGAUCCCGCGUUUUUGCACCUGA